AUGGACCAAGUUACUUCCACAGUUGGCCAACAGUUUCGGAAUUUCAAAGCCACUGUUUGCUCAGCAUACAAUACACAAGAACUUUGUCAAGAGGCUGAGGCUCGCGCCCGAUGCAAUGUAAAGCGCACUGCAAAACGAGCAGUAGGACAGCAGGGCAAACAAAUGGAGCCCAAGCAUACACAGCACAAUGAGGUAUUCAACUUUCAGACCUAUAAAUUCCAUGCUUUAGGCGACUACAUUUCUACCAUUUGUCUGUAUGGCACGUCCGAUUUGUACAGCUCCGAACCUGGUAAACUCAAACACCACUCUCCCAAGGCUAGAUAUAGCCGCACAGAUUGUAAAUCAUUUGUGAAACAGCUGACCCGCAUCGAAUGCCGUCAGGCUCACAUCCGCCACAUUGGUGACAAGAUAGUUCAUCGCCCCCACGUAGAAAUCGCCGAAAUGGCAGGAAGCCCAGAUGUUCACCACCACAUUGGCAUGACACAAAAGUACCCUAUACACAUAGGAACGUACUUGCGCAGCCAUGAGAGUGAUCCAGCGAUCAAAGUCAGUCCAAUCAUACUUACCCCAAGAACACCUUCAAAUUCCCCCGUACAGAAUUUCCUUCCGAAGCUCAAGCAGCAUUUAUUACAGCGUAUUCACAAACUCACAGAUAUCUCAUCUGAAGACACCAAAACCAUUAUUAUCAAGGAUUAUCAUUUGUAUCACCAUAACAUUGCCCGAUUCAACUAUACUAUGUACGAUGUUCAUAGAGCUCAAGACAUCGUCAACCCAUGUACUUCCCACUGUAACGUAAUGGUUCUCUCCUCUGACAACGAUAUGGGACUCGAAGGCCAUAGGUUCAUCUAUGGUAAAGUGUUGGGUGUUUAUCAUGUUAAUGUAAUCUACGUUGGAGUCGGUAUGAUAGAUUUUAUUCCUCUACGAGUUGAGUUCCUAUGGGUUCACUGGUACGAGCCCAUGGAGCAGGUCUCCUCUUGGGACACCUCUACUCUCGAUCGACUCAGGUUCCCGCCUAUGGAUGAUGAAUCUUGA